AUUUGCUGCAGCCAUCGUAGCCUCGCUAAAAAACAGCGAGAUGGUAAAGGCGUAAUAUUUUGUAAAGUUGGGCUCUCGGAAAGAGAGAGAACUUUUGUUUGGGCUGGAGCGAGAGAGUAGCAGCGACCAUUUCAUUCACAGAACAGACUGCUUCAAAACAUCAGAGUCGUGUUUGGAGCCACACUCUUAACAUGAAUUACAAUUUGUAAUUUACAAAUCACAUGUUACACUUUAAAAAAUAACUACAAAUUAUUUUGCAAUGUGAACUGGGAGUGAAAAUAUUAAAGAAAAACUCUACGUGUAGUGAGGAAAUUUUGUGAAAAGGAUAGAACUAAAAUAUUUACUUCAAUGAAGGUGGAACUUCUGGACGAGUCUAGUCUUUCAUAAAUAAAUAGUCAGUUGUCCAGACUAACUAUACUAAAAAUUAAAAGAAAAUUGUGUAGUGCAAUACUUGAAAUUGUCACAUUGACGAGCAAAAUCUAUUUAUCGUCCUCCAAUGCGCUGAUCCAAUUAAAAUAAGCAAUUCAACAAGAUCCCUCACUUUGCAUUUGUCGUCCGAUGAAGCUAGAUGACCACUAUCUUCUUCCAGCAACUCAAAGCAUUAUACAAAAUUGUCGACCGAUAGUUUAGCAUCCCCCUUGAGGAAGUAUCAACAAUGUUUCGGGAGCAGGUGUCAACUGUGUCCAAUUGGUUUGACCGCUGGUCGAUGUGUGAGCAGACAGUAGCAAUGGUUGCUCUGCUACGACGCUUACAUCCCACGCAAGCACGUUUUGUGGGAACUAUUCUUCAACGCCAGCUCAACGAGUGCACGGAACUCCGAAGGACAGAAAUACUUUCAAACGACCCCAACUUUGUUGCAUCUCUUGCUAAUACGGAAUCAAAUGAGACCUUAAUGAGGGACUUACUGGCGUAUUUGCCCUUAUUGAAUGCCAAAAAUGUGGAUGUGAAGCCUGUUUACUUAGCUCUCAUUUCCAAAGUUCUCAAAUACGUUUCACACCUGCCAGUGGAACACGGCACAAUGCACGAUGAUGCAAGACAAUUGCUCUCCUACAGCCUCAUCCAUCCUGCAUUUGCUCCAGAAGAUCGACACUUGUUCUCUAAUUUACUGCACCAGUUUGAGGAAAAAGUCAGCAUGAUGAACAUUAACAACAGAGAUAAUGAUCACAACAAUCAUUAUCCACCAAGUUUAAGUGGAAGUCCUCCGAUGAAUGACUUUGGCAAUUCAUGGCAGCAAAAUAACUCUCCUCCUUCUAAUAAUGGAGGAGGAAGUCUUUCAGGUUCUCCUGCAAAUCAAAGUGUGUUAUCCGUCUCAUCAAAUUUUGUUGGUAGUUCCUCCAACUCGCAACGGUAUCGUCGCAGUAACUCUUUGACUCCACCCGUGAUGCAUUCUGAUGCCUGGGCUUCCGUGGAGGAGCUGUGUGGUGGCCCCAAGCCUCGCAGUUUAUCACUUUCCUCAGAAAUCAGCCCACAAGGAUCCUUAGCAUCUUCAGGGUCUGGGAGUGAGUCUCAUUUGGAUGACCCACGUCCCACCUUCACCGCAAAAGGAAUGAAAGAUAUUCCAUGUUGGCUGAAAAGCUUGCGACUCCACAAGUACGCCUUUCUAUUUGCUCACAUCACAUUUGACGAGAUGAUGGGCUUGAAUGAAGAGCUACUUGGUCAACAAGGGGUCACCAAAGGAGCUCGACACAAGAUUGUUCUCUCCAUCACAAAGUUGAAGGAACGUCCGAGUCACUUGAAAAACAUUUAUGAGAACAUGACAGAGGACAAGGAAAGUGUCCGAAAUGCGCUUACCGAGAUCAAGUGGAUGUUGACGACACCAAUCAAACCAAUUACAAAGGAAGAUGAGUCGAUUGGCGAGACGGCGUCUGCUGGAGGAGGUACGAAUAACAUUACUUCCAGCAACCCAAAUCUACCAGGACCAGGAGCCAUUGGAAGUAACCGAUUCCAGUCGAUGGAAGACACACCUGCUGCUGCUAGUGAUGGUCAACCCUUAAAUCUUAAUAAAGAGAGCGAUGACGACAUUCCUGAGAAAAUUAUGAAUGUAAUCAGGAAAGCUUGUGAAAUGAACCCAGAUUCGGAAUGUGAAGGACUAUUGGUGUCAAUUUUGGAUAAAUGUUUAUCUCAUGAAGCUUUUACAACAAAGCAGAAACGUCUUCUUGCUCUUUGGCGUCAACAACAGGUCCCAGCAAUGCGAAGAAACUCAAAUGGUCACCAUCCACAUUUUCAUAACCAUCAUCACCGUACAUCUUCAAGUCCUGGGAGCAACACUAAUGGGAAUAACAAGCACAAUCGCCAUUUUAAUCCACGUGUGCUAAAUUUGCCUAGUGGCAUUGGAAAUGGAAACUGGACAAACACUGGAAAUUCGAUCCAUGCAAUGUUCAUGGCCAAAAGACCGAGUCUUCAAGAUUCAAUUUUGGAAUCCGUGAGGAAUUCUCAUCUCUCUGUGCAAAGGACCAAAUCGGCUGAAUAUUUUGACAGGCAUGUGGGACCAAAUUUCUUUGCCUCUCUGUCAUCUUCGCCACCAAUGUUUGAUACGCUGGGUUCUCUUGGCUCACCGUCCGAUAUUUUAGCUGGGCUCAACUUUGCUACCGAUAUGGGAGGAGGAGGGGGGUUGUCUGCUGACAAUGACGGGACAAACCCAACAUCUACCGGUAAUGUGCAUCAGCCAUCAUCCGCCUUGGAUAUUACUUCUCGUUUAGAAUCACUUCUCACCUUAUCUUCACCAUCAGUGAACUGUGACUUUAACCAACCGAUCGAAACCCCCAAACCCACCAACCAAAAUCACCAACCAAUUGCCAACCAGUGGGGUCUAUGGGGGGGUAAGGAUGAGAGUUGUCCCGUUGGAACAUUUGUGACUGAUAUGCAGUUGAAAGUGGAAAAAACGGAAGGUUGGAAAGAUCUAAAUGGGAUGGGUUGUUGAAACGUAACCAAAAUUUCACGAGUAAAAGUUAACAUGUUAGAGGAGGACGUUUUUGCGUGGAUUGUGUUUUAGCAUGACAGGAGCUGCUUCAUUGUUAGUUGUAGUGAUCCCAGGUAGAUUGAAUAGUAGUUUAUCUUUCUCAGUUUUACUUCAUGCGAGUAUCUACCCUUCCUUUUCCCUGUGCGAGAAUGAUCUUACAAAACAAACUAAAGACUAAUUAGUGUAAGGACCGUUGAUCAUUCGUGGUGGAGAGUAGGGUAUGAAUUUUUGAGCCGGUAGGUUGUAUCAGAACAGCUCGCUUACCAAAGAUGAAUGUGUAUAGGAAAUCUUAUUUUAGCUUUAUCAUAAGUUUACUUAUACUGAAGGGUUAAUAUUGCAGGGCUUUUGUUAAACUCAAUAGACUACUUGAAUCUAUAGUCAUAUGAUUGGAUGAAAAAAAACAUCCUAGUGAAUAUAUUUAUAUGUAAACAUAUGAAAACAUGACUGUCAAAUUUUGACACUCGCUCGUGUUAGAACUCAUCACAAUAUGGGGUCGUGACUGUUGUAAUAAGGAAUGAAUGUGAUUGUCUCAGAAAAUAUGAUUGCUAGAAAACCACCUUAAUUAUUAAUCUUGUAGUUUGUGGAUAGUUCGUGGAUAUACUUAUCCUUAGUUGUAGGUCGUUUACCAAGUAUUAGACUCGUUACAAAAUUACCAAAAUGGAUUUAAUGAUCCAACGGACGGAAACGCGUCGAAAGGUUCUAAACUCGUAUAUCAGGAACAUACAGUGUAUGUUUUUCUUCGCACUUUCACCAUUUCUCCCGUUUAAUGCAAACUAGUUGCUGGAGUCAACAACUGAUGAAUCGCAGCAUAAAGUGGAGAAAUGGUGGUUCGGAGCAUGGAUCGUAGCGUUUCAAGCGCACAACGCGGUGUGUACAUAUUUGUUUCGAAUAAUUCCAAACGAUUUUUUCAUUGGUCAUUUUAAAACUUUUUCAUCACAAAGAACGCUGGAUGAGAACUUAUCGAAAGUUUUUGUUUUUCAAGGCGAAAGUAGAUUAAUUAUUUCUGCGCUUGUCAAGUACUUGUGCAAUUAUGUAAAUACAUAGAUGGUUGAAUGUACAUAAAUCGUUAUAUUUAUAAUGCAUUGAUCUUAACCUUAUUCUGAGCAUUGAAUGAGUGAGUGAUUGAGUUACGUACAUGCUGAUCAUGCAUUGAUAGCUUUCUCAGUUUGGAAUAACUGAGAAUUUAAAGUUGACAGAGCGUGUCCAGGUAGAACAAGCAAAUUAGAACAACGCAGAUUUACAAUAAUUCUGAUUGAUUUCAUAAAAAAGACUGAGCAAAUACAAAACGUCGCUACGAGAAGAGUCUCUAUUACUAUUACGAUAGCUGGAAAUCCAUUCGGAAAAUUUCAAUAAGGUUCCUCCACAAAUGGACCUUCUUCCUGAUCUUCAAAAGUUCAAAGUAAUUGCUAAACAUUGAAUUUGAGAUUCAAUGAUUGGCCGUCAUGUUUUCCAUGUUGUUCUGCUUGCAGAAUGGUCCAGAUUUGCAUGCGAUGACUAUGACGGCGUAAAGUAUGCCAAGAAAUACUUUUUUGUGUGUGGAUAGAGGUGAAGGGGAAAAUAAAGUUAUGAAAAAAUGUGAAAAAACGGAAUACGGAUUAUGGAGCAUGAAACCGUAGGAGAGUUAUCCAAAAUUCUUCCUUUUCAUGUAAACGGUGGGCGAAAAAAAUAUGAUUCUAUUUCAGUACAUUUUCGCUCCAUCCAAGUGGUGGCUAAUUUGUUCUAGGAGAUGCUCCUAAGAGUCCAUAAAACGCAACCUCGAGGGGAUAUAGCAGAAUAAACUUGGCAGUAUUUGCAUUUCACAUUUAGGUCCGCUUUGCCUGCAGAACAUUUUCUCAUCACAAGGGUAAAUAUCAAGGAAUUAUGAUGAGCAAGAGGCUAUAUGACGAUAAAGUCCAGCCAAAUAUAAUAUAGGCACAGGUCCUGGGUAUACACGUGAGAUUUCAUCUAUUUCGUUAUGUGCAAGUAGAACAAUAUAGAAGAUUAGUAGAAUAUUCGGGAGUCUCAUAUUCUGCAAGGAAAGUUGUGAAACUCCUCAAGGGAAACUUGCUACUCUGAAAAAAUAUGUAUGCACGACAGCAGACAGCAUGACGACUGAUGUUCAACCACACUGGCACAGAAAUUAACAUGUCAUACCAAAUGUAUUUUGCAUUAUGUAUAUUUGUACAUAGGCUGUUAGUGCUCAUAGAUAUUGCGUUCACUUAUGUCAUAGAUAUGUGUGGGUAGUGUAGGGAUCAGGGUUUACAAUUAGUACGUACACACAUAACCACUAUGUUACAAUAUUUAGUAUAGUGCUCAAAACAUCAGAAGGUCAUUUCAUCCAAAGUCCAAGCAUUCGAUUCGAUAGAUUCGAGAAUUUAAGGUCUCGUCGUCUCAUUUUUGUAGCAGGAAAAUAGAAGACUCUGAUUGCGCUCAUCACAUCACACUCAAAUUAGUCUUUAAUCAACUUUAAUGUAACAGGCCUUCUUCUCUAAUUAAUAGUUGUUCAAAAUGACUUGAAUUAAUUACUAAUCGUCCAGAUAUGAGAGUCAAAAAUUAUUUAGUUUUGCAUUUGACAAAAAGAUGAAUGAAUGUCCCUUCAGGGUUGGGCUGCUAUUUGGUGUGUAUAUAUUUUUUAUCUUGGAAAUGAUUAGUGUGUGCAGACAUACAUAAACUUAGGUAAAAGUUUAGGAGCAACUUACAUACAUCACAAAAAGUAUUACCAAACAAAAUAGUGAAAGUUCAAAAAUGGUGGUUUUUUGAAUCCCCAAAAGUAGUUUGGCCGUAGUUGAUAAAUAAACGCAAAAGUAUUUCAAAUGGAAAAUUCUGACAAGGUGUGUUGUGGAAAACGCAUUUUGAGUAUACAUGUUUGCCUGUGGUAAUUAAUCAGACUGAGAUUUAAACAUAACGUUUCUAUUAACCCUGCUGCUGGUUAUAACCAUACCUCAUGUAUUUUUAGGUAGGAUUGUUAUCUCUGCUUCUCAAUUGUACUGUAGCUAUUCUUACAUGGAUUCUUAUUAUCAUGUGAAUACAUUGAAACCUGUGUCUGUUGUGACAAGUGACAAAUAUUUCAUUGCAUGUGGAUAACAAGUUAUGGUAGAAAUCUUGUAGAAGAUGCUUAGUUAAAUAGAACAUAAAUAUGUAAGCUAUAUGUAUAUUAGUAGAUGUGCUUUCCUAUAAUUGUUGAUUGUGCUGGCAUCACUAUCAUCUUUCUGUUUAUCUCUUUUCAUUAAUUAUUAUUAAUAUCAAUUUAUUACUGAUACUUUGUAUUCGCCAUGCUUUGUGACAAAAUUACAAUCACAAAAUUGCAAAAAAUUUGAACUAAAGACGAUCAGAAUUCUAGUCUCGUAACUACACGGAACCCAAAAAACCGAAAUCGCAUUUUAUCGUAUCGCAUUGUAUUUUAAUCGAAUUUUAAUAAUCCGAGCGGUGUUUAUUAAACUUUCAGAGUAAAGUAUUUCUCUACUUUUACAAAAGGAUGCAGGUCAUAAAAUUAUGUGACAACCCAGAACAGCAAUGUUAAACUGCAUGCUGACAAAUUAUUGUGACAAUGUAUGACUGAUUCAUUUUAACUCGUAUCUAUAAGAAAUUGGUAAUUUAUCAGGGUUUCCUAUCACAAUAUUUCUCUUGAUGAGAUGAAUUUGUUCUUGGUUUUGUAUUUAUUAUCUACGUGUUCUAAAUAUGUGGAGUAUGAUGGGGCAGGGCCAACUUUAUUUACACACUUAUUGCUGCUGUGCUAAGUUAAGUUUUAUUUUUUACGGAUUACAUAAAAAUCUACUGAUUGGCCAGUUGAACUUGAUUCAGUAAAUUAACGGCCAGUGGAAUGCUAUUUAAUUGUUGUAACAGAUCCGUGUGUGUAUGCUAUAUCUCCCGGUAAAUAAUAUGCAAGUGUGUGGUCAAUAUUAUUAUUAUUAUGGCAGACUUAAUUAAGACGAAAAGCUGUAUCUAUUGUUAUUAUUUAUUUAGGGAAGAUCCAUAAAUUAUGUCACGCUGGAUAAUAUUGGCAAGAUAAGGGUUUUCCCUUAUCCUCCCCAUGUUAGCCAGCGUGACAUAAUUUAUGGAACUUCCUUAAUGUGUAUCGAAACCAGCAAAACCAAUUUCACUUAAUAAUAAUAAGUUGCUUAAUUUUGUUACUAUUAAUUUAACAUUAUUUGUGUUUAAUUUUUAGGUUUUACUGUUUAGAUAUUCUUGUUUUUACACACUGUGUAGUAGUUGAUGCCUAAUAAAAAUAUGAAAAUGCAAAAAUAA